AUGCAUAAAUUAGCUGGUUAUGAUAUAGCUGAUUUUAUUAGAUACUAUGGUUAUCCAUGUGAAACUCAUGAAGUUAUAACUGAAGAUAAAUACAUUUUAACAAUGCAUCACAUUCCACACGGAAAAAAAUCCAAAAUGGCGACUGAAAAUUGUACUAAACCUGUGGUUUUCUUACAACAUGGCAUGUUUUCUUAUUCUGGAGACUGGUUUAUUUCAGGACCAGGAAAAGCUUUUGGUUUUAUUCUUGCCGAUGCAGGUUAUGAUGUGUGGGUAGGCAACGCGCGUGGCAAUAAACACUCACGUGAUCAUCUCACAUUGGAUCCCAAUAUAGACUCAGCAUUUUGGGAUUUUUCCUUUCAUGAAAUUGGUUAUUAUGAUAUACCAGCAAUGAUUGAUCAUGUUUUGAUGCAUACGCAACAAGAACGUCUUUUCUACGUGGGUCAUUCACAAGGAACCACUGUUUAUUACGUUAUGUUAUCAGAACGUCCAGAAUACAACGAUAAAAUCAUCGCGCAAUAUAGUUUAUCACCAAUUGCUUUCGUCUCGCAUCUUUUUGGUCCUAUGCUACGGAUGUUAACGUAUUUUGAAAAAGUGAUAAAAUUCAGUGUUGAUUUACUCAACAUUCACGAACUUAAACACAAUAAUAUUAUUUUUAAAUAUUUCUUUCACAAAUUCUGCUCGACCCACUUCGUACAAGAAUUGUGCGCGAGGGAAAUAUUUUCUGUAACUGGUCAUAACCCUAAAGAAUUCAAUAUGACGUUAUUUCCGGUUUUAUUAGCGAAUUAUCCAGCUGGUUGCUCUAUAAAACAACUUAAACAUUUCUCGCAAGAAGUAAAAAGUGGUAACUUUGAACAAUAUGAUUAUGGUUAUCUGGGGAAUAUGGUUAAGUAUCAUGAUCAUUUCCCGCCUAGUUAUAAACUCAGCAAUGUCAAAGCACCAAUUUAUUUAUUCUGCAGUGGUAAUGAUUAUCUUUCAUCACUUAAAGAUGUCAAACGUUUAUAUUGGUCAUUACCAGAUGGCAAGAAACAUUUAUGGAAAGUUGAAGACGAAAUGUGGAAUCAUAUUGAUUAUGUUUUUGGAAUACACGCUAAAGAUCUAGUUUAUGAUAAAAUUAUGAAAAGUAUGAAAACAUACCUAAAAUAUAAUGAUGACGAUGAUGAUGAUGAUGAUGAUGGAUUAAGUUUGUGUAAAGUGACUUAAGUCACUUCAGAAGAAUUUGAUUUGUUACCAUGUUUUAAAUUUAAAAUUAUUGUUUACUAGUCUUUGUAAUGUUAAGCCUCGGCCAUUUUGACAUAAUUGUUUUGUGACGUUUUAAAACUUUUAAGAUUGGUGUUAUUUCAAGUGUUGCGUUGAAUUUAUUGAAUAAAACAAAAGUACAAAUGAA